CGGUCCAGCGGAGUGUUGGGCGCAUGCGCGCGGCGGUCCUGGGGUGAAGUGAGUUGGGGGCUGGCUGUGGAGGAAAACCCCAUUCUGAGCUGGGGGAACCGCCGGAGCUGGAGGCGACUCCCUGGAGCUGCGCGGGGAACCCGCCGCCGUCGCUAUGGAACGCAUGUGGGGAGAGCUGACCGUCGCCUUCUCCCGGUUGUCCAUGUUCCCCUUCUUCGAUAUCGCCCACUACCUGGUGUCUGUAAUGACGCUGAGGGAGCAGCACGGAGCUAUUUCAGUGGCAUGGCAGAAUCCUUUAGCAAGCUGGUUUAGUGCAAUGCUGCACUGCUUUGGAGGGGGAAUUUUGUCAUCUUUUCUACUUGGAGAGGCUCCAACAAAAUUCCUUGAAAAUAACACUAAUGUCUUAUUGGCUUCUUCAAUCUGGUAUAUUGUAUUUUAUUGUCCAUAUGACAUAGUUUCCGAGUGUUAUUGUUUCCUGCCUGUUCAACUCUUGGCUGCAGGAAUGAAGGAAGUAACCAGAACUUGGAAAAUCAUGGGUGGAAUCAUACAUACUAGUAAGAAUUACACGGAUUCCUGGAUGGUGUUGAUAGCUCUUGGAUGGGCCCGAGGUGCUGGUGGUAAUGUAAUCACAGGUCUGGAGCAAUUGCUAAAAGGGGCUUGGAAACCUGAAACUAGCAAAUUUCUGGAGAUGUCCUACACUGUGAAGAUAACUUUGGUGGGGUCAGUUCUCUUCACAUUACAGCAUAUAGAGAAGCUGCCAAUGGAAAAACAUAGUCUUAUGUUCUGCUAUACUUUUUUUAUUGUUGUCACGAAGAUAACCAUGAUGCUCACUAAGUGUAACUCUUCUCCCCUCACUCCUUUUGAAAUUAUACUGGGUCGAAUGCUAUUUGGCUUACGGCAACCUGAGGCUUCAGCAUUACUGCGAAGUACUUUGAAAUCAUCUUUCAAUGGUACAAGCACAAACUCAAAACCCUAUAUAGACAAUGGUGAAAAUAAGAAGAAACAAAAUAAGAAGACAGAAUAAAUUUACUUGGGGAGCUUUAGGUUGCCAAAAAACAUUUUCUUACUUGUUUACCUCACAAAUUGUGAUAAACAUUUCUAUUGUAAAUGAUGUGAAGUAAAGAUUAUAUGUAAGGAAAUGCAGGUGACCGAAAGGAAUUAUUGCCUUCUGCUUGAAAGGGAUACUUAUAGCCCUUUAAAAGUGGCAUUGUAGCUUGUAAUUUCUUGGUUGUUAUGAGUGUAUCAUGUAAAAAUGUUUUUCUAAGUUAAAUAUAAAAGAUUCUAUUGUGAUCAUUUUUAAUAGUUUUAUAUUGAUGAAAUAAAGCUAACGUUUUUACAAGUGCUCGCAAAACCUAAAAGGUAUUUAUAAAGUAACAAAAAAAUAAAUGUUUUCUUUUUUCCUUAGCAGUUUUCAUGUACUUUUUAAUUUGCAUAUGAAGUAUACCAUUACCUUCUAUAAUUUAAAAAGUGUGAAAACUUGUCAAUCAUUUAUUUAUGCAAUGUAGGGGAAGAAUAAAGUUUUAGUAAGGUAUUUUGUAUUAUGAGUGAAACUAUAUUGCCAGUUAGUUUUAGAUACAUUUUUCUAUCUAUUGUUCAUAAAAUGUAUCUGAAAUUUUAGAUAAUUAUAUUAUUGAGACAGGAUAUUAGCAAUGUGCAGUUCCUAGCUAAAGUCUACUUUAUAUUUAAAAAGAACCCUCACUUUUUUCCUUCCAAAAUAAAUCAGGUAUUUAAUUUUUAUUUGUUAUUAAUCUUAUAUCUUCCAUUCUAAGAAUUUAUUCCUCUCUUUCUUUCAUAAAGUACAUUUGUACUACUUGUAGGAGAAAUCACUAAUUGUUAUCAACAUUUCACAUAACUAAGGGAAAAGAAAAGCUAAAGAAUUUAAGCUGAAUACAUUGUGUUAGUUGUCACUUGAAGGAAUUAUCCCAAUCCUUAAGUACAUUAUAUUUUUAAAAUAGCAAUAAAAAUCCCUUUUAGAAAACAUUUUUUAUUGUGGCAUUUUUGUUUUUAGUUGGAUAUUCCUUACUAGUUGUUUGCAAAACAGUUUUUGUGAGUCUAGAGUUCAUAAUUUACAGAUAAAUAUAUCAUCUAAAUUAAAACAAGUUAACCUCCAUGUGAAAAUCUGAUGUUGGGUACUUUAAAUAACUCUUGAUUUUUGGGUCAUUACCAAAUGCCCAAAUAGAAACAAUAAAAACACAUGAUAAUAAUUGAACACAGAAUAGUGGCAUUAAGUCCAAUUCCUUUUUGACAAAAAAAUUUUUUUUUAAGUAAUGUUAGAUUUAUGUGCUUUAUACUGUGGUUUCAAGUUCCAAUUAAUACUUUAAUUCUUAGUGAUACUUGAUAUGAAUAGUCAUAUCCUAAGACUAUGGACCUAUUGCUAUUACAGGUAUUGACAAGCACUAGACAUUUUACAUGGUUCAGGAACAUUAAAAUUCCAUCCAAGGAACUGGUUUACAGAUAACCAGAAUGUUUUAUUAUGAAGAUAACAUUACAGGUACUAUAUUUUAAGCACUUGCAAAAGAACAACAUAGCUUUUUGAUAUGUAUGAAAUGAUAAGUAUAUUUUUAAUAUUUUUAUUUUUCAAAAGACAUUGAGUAAGAGUUCUGUAUAACAUUUGAUAUUCUUAGUAUUUUGAUGUUUCAUAGUAAUAUACAAAAGAUCUAAAUGUCAGGCUAAAUAACCUGGUCAUUUUACAUCAAGUUAGUGUGUGAUAAAGUGUUAAAAAUUAUUCUUGAAGUUUGCAAAAUUACUGUAGCUGAAACCCUGUGCUGUUUUCUGUUUGUAUUAGAUACAGACUUUUUAACAUUAAAGUAAUUUAUUCAUCA